UUGUCUGUUUAUGAGUGCAUAUAAAAAUAAACUGCUUUCCGUUUUCCUUCAGGCUGAGGACAGCACUCAGAACCGCCCGAGUGUGUACGCCAUCACCGCUGCUGUUGACAUACAGGAGCAGGACCUCAGCAGCGGCCAAGACCUCAAUGAUACUAAGAGGGACAUCAAUGACCCCAGACGCCCUUAUAGUUCGUCGGAUGACCUGAGCGUGCGGGAUAUUAGUAACCCGACCACGGACUGCGAGACGAUGAUCCACGUGCUGAAGGGCAACAUUGGCACAGGCCUCCUCGCAAUGCCUGAAGCUUUCAUGAAUGCCGGCCUGUGGGUGGGAUUCUUCGGCAUACCCAUCAUGGGCAUCAUUUGUGUCCACUGCAUGCACGUCCUGCUCAAGUGUUCUAAGGAGCUUUGCCGGCGAGCCAAGGUAUCAGCCCUCAGCUACGAGGAGUCGGCUGAGAUGGCCUUUAAACUCGGGCCAGGAAAGUGCCCCAAGUACGCAACAGCUGUGGGUUACAUCAUUACGACAUUCCUGCUUAUAACUCAAAUUGGCUUCUGUUGCGUCUACUUCGUGUUCAUCCCGCAGAACAUCAUGCAGGCUUUAGAGUGCAUGGUUGGCGGCUCCGGCAUCAGUCAGCUGGGGUACAUGGCCAUAUUCAUUUUGCCCAUUCUUCUUAUCUGCUACAUCCCACAUCUCAAGUACCUAGCCCCGGUCUCCUUGGUGGCAGGAGUGAUCCAGACAGCAGGUCUGAUCAUCUGCUUCUACUACAUGGUCCGCGACCUUCCCGAAAUCUCCGAAGAAAUCCCAGGCUGGCCGGCUUUUCGAAGCUGCCGCUGUCCUGCCCUGGAGAACAAGAUGAGGACCCCCAAGUCCUUCCGGGGCUUCACUGGCGUCCUUAACACGGCCAUGAUGUGCGUCAUCAUCUACGCUGCAAUGGGCUUCUUCGGUUACCUCCAGUACGGGAGCAAAGUCGAGGGAUCCAUUACUCUGAAUCUGCCACCGAACGAAGGCCUGGCCCAGUCGGUGAAGAUCCUGAUGGCGGCGGCCGUGUACUUGACGUACCCCUUGCAGAUGUACGUACCUUUCGAAAUCCUCACGCCCUCUCUGAGGAACCGAUUCGACAGCCCUAGAAAUAAGUUCCUCGCGGAGUAUACCCUAAGGACAUGCUUGGUGCUAAUCACUUGUGAGUACGAGCUUCCAUAG